CUCUAUCUCUCUCUUCUCUCUUUUCUCUGUUUCGGAUUUGCUCUGUUUUUCUCUCUGUUCCGGAUUUGCUCUGUUUCACUCUGUUCUUGAUUUGUUCUGUUUUUCUUGGGUUUAUUCUGUCUCUGUCUUAUCUUUUUCUUCUAGACAAGAACAAUCAAAUGGAAUCUACUGAACUACACGACAUAGAUUUCAUUUCAAAUCCUUUUACCUCCUUUUCUGAACCAACUUUCUUCACUCCAACCACAAGCUCUCUCCGACCCGACUUCGUAUCCGACGAACCGGAUUCACCAAAGGCAAAAAACGAAGACGAAGAAGACGAGUACAUCACCGAGUUGACUCGCCAGAUGACUAACUAUAUGCUUCAAGACGAUGAAAAGCAUCAAAAGUCUUGUGGUAGUGGCUCUGGCUCGCCGCAAUCGACUCUCUGGUCACCAUUUGCUUCAGGAUUAAGCAGUCCAAUAGGCCCUUCCCGUGAACCAUCGCCGCCACUAACUCCGGCAACGGUACCGGUGGAGAAAAUCAUGACAAAGAUUGAUACAAAACCAGUAACGAUCCCUUUUCAAUCAAAACAAGCUCUAAUCGAUGACCAGAUCCGAUCCAUUCAAGCAAACGUGAGCUCAUCAUGUUUUCUCAUUUAUUAUUUUACUCAGAAUCUUCUUUUUAAAAAAUUCCGUCGGUUAUAUUAUCAACGGUUCAGAUUUAAUCUAGGGUUUGUUUCCACCGUUGUUUUAUUAUUUUAAGAAUUGAUUUUUCUAAACAGUUCCAGAAGAUUAAAAAGGAGAAAGAGAAAGAGAGGCAACGCAACGCUGACGUUUUGGGGCACAAAGCAAGAAACUACCACCACCUCCACCAGAACCAGAGACCUAGGUCAGGCGUUAAGGCGGUGUUUGUUGACGGGUCGGGUUCAAGAACCGGGUCGGGUGGUACCGGAGUGUUCUUACCGCGUGGUCAUGGUACCGUUGUGGAGUCACGCAAGAAAUCAGGUUAGAGCCUAUAGUAGUUAUGCAAAUUAGUUUAUCAUCAUUACACUUUUUCUCUUCAUUCCGUUAUCAAUUUUUGUUUUUGGGUUUUCCAAAAAAAAUAAUCUAGUGGUUUUCAUGAAGGUUACGUAUGAUAAAGGACAAAACAUUUUAAAUAAAAAUAGGAUGACGUCAUCUAACAUUUAAUCAAAAUACUUUGAGAUUCCACUUUGUUUUUUUUGGGGGUUGACAAAGUUCGAAUCUUGUAUAGUAUUAAGAUAUUUCCUAGAUAAUUUCAUAAUUGUUUCUUUAAGAUAACAAUUAAACCACUGAAUAUGUUAGAAUUAGAGUUUGUUUUCGAUAAGUAGUUCGACAAUCGACAUAAGAUUAUGUUUAAAUUAGUGUUGGUAAAUCUUUAUGGGGUCUACGAGAAGGAUAAGAUUUCAUUACCUUGCCAUACAUUAGCAUAGUGUUGGAAUCGAAUUUUUGAUUUUGCACAGAUUCCAUUCUUUCUGUUGUGAUAAUCUUUAGUCAAAUCUGUUUUUGUUUUUUUCGAUUUAACUGACACUUAAGUGUUAGAAGAAUCUUAAAGAGUUGUGACAUAAAAUAAUGUGAAUGGUUAUUAGUUGGGUUAAGGUCAGGUUGGGUUAAGUUUAGCUGAUUGAGUAAAAGCUCAAAACUCAAUUAUUUAGGACAAAAAUUAUAUUAUAGUAAGAAUCUUGCGUACAUUAUUACUUUGUUUGACUGAGUAAGAUUCCAAAGAUUCCUUGUCACCAAUUAAUCUAUUGUGUGGCUAUUGGUUUGACAGAUACACCCUCCUAAAUUAGAAUCUUCCCUCAACUAGUUGGUCCCCAUUUGUCUCCCUUUCACUAUCAACAAAAAUAAACUAUUUAGGUUCAAAAAUCAAUCUAAAUCAUUUAUUUUCUUAUAAGACCCCACUAGUUUCAUUCAAUAGGUGGAUUAUAAUCUUAGAUAACCUAGAUAUUUAUUCAUUUUGUGAUUCUUUAUUUGUUACCGUUCGAUCAUUGACAAUUACCCAAGGCUAUAAACCAAACCACAUAGUGUUAACUUUGUUUCUUUCUAAAUAUAGUAUUAUAUUCGAGUCCCGUAUUAGAUAGAAACUUAAAAUUCUCACACCCACAUGUAGCACUUACCAGGUUUGUUGAUGAUGUUCUUUCAACACAAAGGAUUAUACUUAACAACUCUCAAGAUUAAAGAUUUUCUGACAAUUUCAUUUUCAAGUCUUAACCGUUACCCAAUCUAGGAGUCGGUGAGUUUGUCUACUAAAUAUCAACCACCAUUUUUUUUAGAAAUCAUUCUUGUUUUAUCAUCAUAUGUUUUGACGUGGCUUGGAUAUUGGUGGGUGGUGGUGGUGGUGACAAUUUACUAUUUAUUGUACUGUUUGUAUUCAGAUUUGUUGUCGUUCGAUGAAACUGAUGUUUCAACCAAACAGUUUUAUGAGUUGUUACUCUGAAAUUGCCUAACCGGUUUAAGUUUGGUUAGAUGUAGUUUUGGUUUUGGUUUUGACUUUUGUGUAUGGAAAUAAAUUGGUUGCAGGAUGUUCAACAGUAAUAAUACCAGCAAGAGUAGUUGAAGCCUUGAAAGUUCACUUUGACAAAUUGGGUGUUCCUUCUACAUUCUCUUCUGAUAUCCCUCCUUUUCAUGAUGCAUUGUUGGUGUCCAUGAACAACAAAAAGAUCAAAAGUAACAAAAAUACUUCAUUAUCUCGGGUACAAAGUGGAUCACCGUACGAAAUGGAGAUGUCGGCAGAGAGCCACCAAGAACCACCGGCGGAUUUGCCACAGGAAUGGACGUACUGAUAAAACAUUGGCACAUGCUCCUGGUUGCUGCAGUUAUAGGUUUUCAAAAGGUAGGGACUUUUCGGAUUGAAUAUCUUCUAGUGGGUCAAAAUAAAAAUAAAAUGCUUUCAAAAACCAUUAUUUUUUAAUUGGAAAUACAUAGAUUUUAAAAUUUGGUGAUUUUUUCUUUUAUUAUUGUGAUAAAAUCAAUAAUUCCUGUGAUAAAAGAACAAUAAAAUGUUCAUAUAUCCCAUGCCUAUUGUAUGUAAUAAGGGGUUGGUUGUUUUUAUGUAAGAUUCCUUGUAAUAAAAGCAUUAUGCAUCUCGCCAGUGUAAUAAAAAGCCUUUAUUUGAUUGUU